AUGGCAACAGAUGUCGUUCUUGAGACAACCAUGGGCGCCAUCACGGUCGAGUUAUACAAUGAUCAUGCUCCAAGAACCUGCAAAAACUUCUCAACCCUGGCGCAACGAGGCUACUACGACAACGUCAUUUUCCAUCGCAUCAUCCCUAAUUUCAUGGUACAAACGGGCGAUCCCACAGGAACAGGGCGAGGUGGUUCGAGCAUCUAUGGAGAAAAGUUUGCCGACGAGAUCCAUUCUUCGCUGAAACAUACCGGCGCUGGAGUGUUGAGCAUGGCAAAUAGCGGGAAAGACACCAACGGCAGUCAAUUCUUCAUCACUUUGGCUCCCACUCCUUGGUUGGACGGAAAACACACGAUAUUUGGUCGCGUCAAGAGUGGGAUGAAGGUCGUGCAGAGGAUGGGUCUGGUCAAGACGAACAGCGAGGAUCGACCUCUGGAGGAAGUCAAGAUAAUCCGAGCACAAGUCGUUGAGGGGACGGAACGAGAAUGA